AUGGCGAGUCCGACUCCAUUGACGAUCUUCUCUCUCUUAACGCUGCUUUUAAUUUCCGCAACGCAUGCAAUCUCUUCGGACACCCCAUUCAUAGUGGCGCACAAGAAAAUCACUCUCACAAAGCUCAAUUCCGGCUCUGAACUUGUAUCCGUCUCAAUCGACAUCUGCAACCGUGGAUCCGCCGCUGCAUAUGAUGUAAGCCUUACGGAUGAUAGUUGGUCUCAAGAAGUCUUUGAUACUAUUAUUGGCAACACUUCAAAGUCAUGGGAAAGACUUGAUGCAGUGCCCAAAAAGGCUGCAUUACAGGAGGCAUAUUCAACUCCAAUCCUACCACUUGAUAUCCUUGCAGAUAGAAUUUCUGAGAAGAAGUUUGAAUUGAUUUGUGAUCUCUAUAUUAGGCCAUUCAGAUAUCUUAUUCGUAAAUAUUUCCUUGUGCAGAAAUUUUGGGCAAAAUAUGGUUCUCAAAUUUCAGUUGUUGCCAUUGUUGCACUGUUUACACAUCUUAUAGCUUCUCCCACAAAAUCAACUGCAAAGGGAAAUAAGAAGAAACAUUGA